AUGUUGGACAACGCUGAUCAAAUAAAUAAAGAUAUAUUAUUAGAAUUAACUGAAACAAAUAUACCAUCAAUUAGAAAUAAUGAAAAUUUACCAAUAAUUAUGGAUGAAGUUUUUGAUACAAAAGGUAAAAUUAGAAAUGUCAGUGAAGCUACUACUUUACGUGAAGCAUAUGAAAUGAUUACAUUAGGUUCAUUUAAAAAUCAAAUUGAGUUAGUUGAAGGUGAUAAUGAUCAACAACUCUCAGAAUCAACUUCAGCGGAAGCCAAAUUGUCUUCAGAGCCAGUAAACAAUACUGAAGAUACCAAUAGUUCAUUAGAUGAUGACAAAGAUGCUAAUUCAAAAAAAGGUGCUACUGGUGUUCAAGUGGGCGAAUCAAGUUCAGAUGAAGAAGCCAACGCGAUAUAUGAAUUUAAGAUUAAAAGAGGAAAGAUGAUCAUCAAACUUCCUAAAAACUUUUUUGAUGAAACGAAAUUAGGUAAAUCUACAUCAAAACAUCAUAAAUUUGUUAAAAUCUUUAAAAAAUCCAAUGACGAAUAUCAAAUUUUGUCAGUAUCAGGCAUGAAUUUAUCUGCGGUUUCUAAUGACAAAGCUAAAAAAUCUAGUUCAACAAGUUCAAAUGUUAAUUCACCUUUAACAAAUAAAGGUCAAAAACUAAGAAGAAAAACUGCUAAAGUUAUCGAACCAAUUAAAAAUAAAUUAAAAAGUUCAAAAUCAAAGAAAUCUAAAUUACAAAUUUCUGAACCAUUUGAUUUUAGAGUAGUAGGUGGAUAUGGUGCUCCAAAUGUUUAG